AUGGCUCCUGACCUCGACCCUCCAAACAACAACCAGAGUACCAACUCGAAAUGGCACUCGAUACGACCGUGGAACGCCCAGCUAUCUUUGUACACCCGUGAAAUUACCUCCGUAUCAGCCACCUUCAUUUUAACAACAGAACCCAGUGGGGGUGUCGUGGAAAUUGGAGGCGGGACUGCUACUCCUGUGGCCACUCCGUAUCCUCCAGACCGUCAUCGUCAACUUGAAGACGAGGAGCAGGCAUCGACGACGUCUGCGAUCGUUCAUUCGACCUCGAAAUCGAACAAGAAGCCGACCUCGCUACUUGCUGAUAUCCUAUCCAAGGGACUGCAGGUGCGGGUGAAUGGUGUCCAUUGGCAGAGGGUUUUGAUUCGGAUUGGGGAGAAUGGGGAUGAGGGCGUUGUCAUUGUAUAUGGGCUUAUGCCUGGGAGAGAGUAUGAUGUUGAUUUGGCUAUUCCCCAGAGCCAGAGUCAGGCGCAGGAGAGGCAGGUCGCGGGUGGUGGACAGCCUACUCAGCAGGGCGGGGCGGCGACUGUGAUUAGGAGGCAUGUUUUGACUGCCGAUGAAAAUUCAGAUCCGGAUAGUACAGGCGAGACGUCUACCGAUCCAGAUGAGCAUUCCACUUCGUCGGGCUCGGAUCCUCCUCAAACCCUAUCUACACCCUCCACUUCGCCCAGUCGAACGAUUCCUAAUACACCCCCUGCUACUCCUCCACCGUCUACCUCCACCCCUGCUGCUAUAAGCCUCGAAGAACGCUUAGCCCAGCUCAGGCAUAGUCUGGCCAUGGUCAAUGCGGAGAAGGAUGGUUUGUUGGCGUCGAUCAAAAGCGCUAGGAAGGACUCGCAGAAAGCGGAUGCGGCUGUGAAAGCAGAGAUUGAUGCUUUGAAGAGGGCAUCGGAGAAGUAUGCUGUUGCGGAGGUUAGGGCGAGGCAGAAGGUGUUGGCGUUGCAGGAGGCGGUCAAGCGUGCGCAGGCUGCUACGAGGGAGAUUGAGAGUGAGGUUGGGGAGGUUGAGAGUGAGAUUCCCGGCUUGGAAAAGGUCAGGAAGGGGAAAGAAGAGGAGUAUGAGAAGAUUAAGAAGGAGGCGGAGAGGGUUGGGAAGAAGAGGGAGGAAGAGAUGGAGAAGGAACGCAGGAGACAUGAGGGGAUGAAGGCAGAAUUGGCGGCGUUGACGAACAAGUUGGAAAAGUUGAUGGCGAAAAAGGAGAAGGUGGAGGCUGGGGCUAUUCCGGAUGCAGAAAAGAAGUUGAGGGAGGUGAUGAACGAGGUCGAAGAGGAGGAGAGGAUAUUGGAGAGGGUUGAGUGGGAGGUUAUGAUUGUUCAGCAGCAGCAGCAACAGCAACAACAGCAGAGUGAACGGGAGAGGAUUCAGCAACAACAACAACACAGUCCGACACAACACUUUCAUCCCAGGAUGGCGUACGAACCGGGGUAUCUCCCGCCGCAAAGGACGAGGCAUACCAGUUUGAAUGGAGCCACUUCGACGACCAACGCCAGCACGAAUGGACCUGGACCAAUCAGUCGACCUAGCCUCCCUGCUCCCAUUCAGCGGCCCAACUUUACCUCCCCCAAUUUCGCUUCCUCCGAACGAUCCAACUAUACUGAGAUGGGCACGGGAACGAGGUCGAUGAAUCAUUCAACUUCGUUAUCGCAUUCGUCUGCGAGUUCGACUAGUACGAAUCCGUUUGUGUCGAACUCGAGUAUUUGGACGUCACCUGCGCGGUCUCAGCCUAAUUUGCAUUAUGGGCAUCACCAGCAUCAGCAGGCGUCGCAGGGGCAACAUAGUAAACAAUCCCAGCAGACCGUUCCGGUUAUUUUGACCAAUCCGGCGAGGAGGGGUUCGUUGGGUGCUUUGAAUGUCCUACCGUCGAGUGGGUCGACCAGUUCAUUCGGUGGCUCUUCCUCUGUUACCUCGAAUGUACCCCCGUUAUCGCCUUUGCAGUCUAAAAAUCAGGGAUCACCGUCGGCUGCACCUGUGGCUUCGAGUAGCACGCUUUCGAGUCGGGCACCUGCGUUUGAACCUGGGAAGGGGUUGGGGUUGAAGAUUUUGACUGGUGCUGGUGGAUCGGGGUCGGGUGGAGGUCAGGGAGGACGGAGUGGGAAUGGGGGCAAAGGACAGUCGCCUACGAGGGGAACGAGUGGUGCUGUGGGGGUUAUUGGUGCUGGGAGGAGGUGA